AUGGCGCCAAUUCAUCAUCGUACAAGCUCCUCCUCCACCUUCUUGCCUUCGCUAAAGCCUCCGAAUGUCGAUUGGUCCACGCACUGUCCUAUGACCACGCCCCUUUUGGGACCAAGUACACCAGCACUUUUGACGUUUCCCGCCUCGUUCGUCAAGAUGCCGAAAGAGCAGUAUAUGUGCCAGUUGUGUGCGAAUCAUGGGAUUUUCAAUCAGCCAAAGAAGGGACACAAACAGAAAUGCCCAUAUCGCACGUGCCCAUGCUCCCUGUGCGCCCUUAACACCAAACGUCGAGCGCUCGAUCAAAUCGAACGUCAGCUGAAACAUACCAAUGAGCCAAUGGUAGCGCAUACACCCACGUCAAUGACCAGUCCGCAACCAGAAUGUCAGUUGUCUCCGACGAUACCAAAACAGGCGCCGAAUAAUCCGACGUGUGGAAAGGAUACGUUCAGGAAUAGCAUAUCCACCAGUAACAACAUGGCGUUCACCGUCCAACUCCCAGCUACAAUCACCAAGAGAGAACUGAAACUACUCCGCCGAGACGAGACCCCGCUCCAAAACCCUCUGAAACGGUCCUUCCCAAAAACGCUGGACGACGCGCUUGAAUCAAUGAAGAAAGAGAAAAUGAGCAGUAUCUUUCAUUCAGCGGAGAUGUUGGCCAUCGGAGAAUCCACUAAUUCACUUAUCUAG